AAGCCAUUUGGGCUCAAGCAUGCCUUCUGACGAAGCCAGAACCUGCCUGAAGGCAAGAUAUUCACGGUGCGUGGGCAGAUGGUUGAAAAGGUUCCUCGUGGAUCCGAGCCAUCCGCACUUGGGUUCGUGGCUUACGGCUGGGGAAAUCGAUGGUGCAUGGUCAGUUCGAUGUGUUCUGUGCGAGCUCCACACGGGUGCUCCGACGAAGUUGGUGUCGACUGGGGUGUCGAGCACGCUGAGCGCUGGGAACUUGAGGCGGCAUGAGUUCAGCCAUAGGCACACGCAGGCCGUCCGAGCAUGCGUGAACGAAAAGGCCCAAACUCUAGCUGAACAGGCGCUGUCACGUGCACCGUCGGCGCAGGAAUUUGCGGACGUUCUCAAGCACCGCCAGAUGCUCAGGUCCAACCAGAGUGCUCUGAAGACCGAGAGCGGCGAACAACUGGGCCGCAAGAAGCUCGUCCGCAUGACAUUCGCUUUGGCCGAGGGCAAGCGAGCUCAGGAACGUGAGUUUAUGCUCGGUGCCCAGUACAUCGCCCUCCAUCAAGAUGGCAAGGGGCAGCGACUUUUGGUGAACUACGUCGCCACAAAUGCAGCUUUGGAAGUUCGGCACGGUGUACUAGGGCACGUGCAUCAUCUGACGAUGGGAAAAGGCCACAUUGGCAUCGUCCUUGGGGUAAAAGAGGUGCUCCGCAAUUUCUGCACAGAGAACUUCUUCGCGCCGGUGGCGGCGCAGCGGAGCGUCAAUGAAUCUCUCCUGGAGCACAUGCAGCAAAUCACCGUUGCGCUAGAUGCAGACGGUGCGUCAGACGAGCAGCUGGCCAUCAGGGUGUUGCAAUGCCAGUGGACACCCAACGCAAUGGUUUUCAAAGACCACACGCAUGCGUCCCGGCGUCUCCUUACGCGACCUUGGUCGUCAGAUGAAGUUUUGAAUGGGAUCAUGAAAAUGCGCGUAACCACAAAGAAGUGCGUGACGCAACUCAUUCAGCACAGUGAUCUGUUCCAAAAGUACUUCAGUGAGCUCAUCAAAGACUUGGACCCUGAAAACAACGUGGCCCCAUCGUCUUCGGAACGCAUCAAGGACCUCAAAUCGGCCAUGCACCGGUUCGAGACGCAUUUCGAGCCGAUCUCCCGCAUGGUUCUCUACUGGCCCGCCUAUUUUCUGACGGUGAAGCGCAUUGCCAUCGAGCGGCGAGGGAAGCCGGAGUCUGCGAAGGCCAUGGAGUUCAUGAACUGGGUGACAGAAGAACGGCUCGUUACCAUGGCAAUGAUGGCGGAUGCAGCCCAGCACGGAUUGGAAUUUGUACGAUUCUGGGAUUCCCCUGAUAUGGACCCAUCGACAAUCUCAAUGGAGAUUAGCGCGUUUGUUCAGAAAAUCAAGACGCUUUUUGUCCUGGGCAAGUGCACCCGGGUUGGGCACGCCUGCCACAUGUUGGAACUUCUGAAGAAACCUAUGCCAAUCGUGCGCCAGGCCAGUGGCAACCCGCUUCGAUCUAUUGGAGGCGUGGCCUUGCAGGGGGCCGCGGCGUCGGCCCUGCAGCGCAUGCAAUGCUGGGUAUCUUUGGCCAUCGAGGUGAUAAAAACAGAGUUCCCGGAUUCAGAGUUCUUACAAUGCUUCGCAAUAUUUUCUCUCACCCGGGGGGCUGAUCUUCGGCACUCGCUAGCGGAUGACAGCUGCUUUGCUUCGCACGCUCGCCGGCUGGCGCUGAAGGGCGGCAUGGACGUUCGGGCGUUCACUCAGCAGUUCGACGACGUCCACUCCCUGGCGCAGAGCAUAUACGCCACGACACCACGCAUGACUUGCUUGGAUGCGUGGCGCGAGGCCUUAGACAGGAAACGACGGCGAAGGGAUGUGCCGUACGAUUGCAUUUCACGAGGCCUGCAAAUGUACGCAGCUUUCCACGCGUGCACGACGAGCAAUACCGAACGGGCCCUGAGCACGCAGUGCAGCCUUCUGACUAAACAUCGGUCCAUGACCCCGCGCCUGGAGGCAGCCGAAUUGGCGCUGGCAGGACGCGGGCUUUACCGGGAGGCGAGCAUCAUUGAUGACGCGCGCCUCUUCUACGUGGCGAUGUUCGGUUCUGCUCGGAAGUCUUGCUGGGCGCGCUCUGACAAAGGAAAACUCCGCGGUUUUUCUGGCGGCACGUUGAAGGCCUGGCGCGCGAAGCAGCGCCGCAAGUUGGAAUCCAUGAUUCACGUGGACGGCGCCUGCGACCUCGAUUCCGUGAGGCUGCGCGCGAGGGAGCUGGGGGCGCAGCGGUGGACGCCCAAAAUGGAUCAGGAGUGCGAUCUGCAGCGCAAGCGCCGCAAGAUCGCUCACCUAGAGCGAGUGCUCGAGGGCACGGCUCUCCCGGAGGAGUGCGGGGCGGGGGACGCCGAGCUCGCGGAGGAACAUCGCAAGGGCACGCUGGAGAGCAGCAUUCGGUUGCACAAGGCCCACCUUCAGCUGAUUGAGAAGAUGGCGCCGGGGAAGCCGAUGAAUUUCCACGGAGUUCAGGCGUGGUUCCAUCCCGAUGUUCCUCGAAUGCAGCGAGAGCGUUUGCUCCAAUCGGACACGGGUCUCGUCGCCCAGGAGUCAGUUGCGAGGGCUGGCCUCGUCUUGGUCGCCAACAACCCCUUCAGGGUGCCAGAUUAUGUUCAGCUUGCCGCAGUGUUGAGUGGCGCCCGGAUCGCUUCACUUGAGUUUGUUCUUUCUCGGGGCGUGCGGGGCGCCUCGGUCAUCUUUCACAACUCAGGGUUGCGAAAAUCCAAUCGCAGCGUUUGGUUUUCUCGUAGGUUCGUCCGCAAACACCCAGGAUGCUUUGAAGUGUUAGCGGAUGUCUUGCAGCAGCCAGGCACUAAUUGGAGACUGCUCGAAAAGCGGGAAGCAUUCGUCCGGGCCACGCUUGCAAACGUCAACCGCCCGCGUAGACAGCAGCGGCCUUACCAAGUGCUGGCAUUUCUGACCAGGGCUGAGAAAAGGCAUGCGAACUUCUCGUUCAUUCAGGGUGCCUUCGAUUUGCCAAGCUUUUUCGCUUACAGCGAGCUGGGGUGUGAUGCCACGACGGGUGCGUGCCGGCGCUGAUUGGGGCGCUGCCGG